ACGCGGCGGCGCCGAGCCCCUACGCGCAACACCAGACUUUAUUUUUGCAGUUCACGAGUACAACCAUGACGGGCGGCUGCGGAGCAACGGGCUCUCGGGUGCCUACAGCGGCGUCGCCGGCUAACACGGCGUCGAGUUCCUCGUCCAAUUCGGCUGGCGGGACCCGCUCCACUAGCCUUAGCACGGCGCCCCCGCCUCCCGCCUCGUCCGCAUCCACGACUGGUGCUUCCGGCGAGCAACUCAGCCGCACCAACCUGUACAUUCGCGGUCUCAGCCAAAACACCACCGAUAAGGACCUCGUUCAAAUGUGCCAAAUGUAUGGCAACAUUAUUUCAACAAAAGCAAUAUUGGAUAAAAAUACGAAUAAAUGUAAAGGUUACGGUUUUGUAGAUUUUGAAACAAUCGCAUCAGCGGAGGCUGCUGUUAAAGGAUUACAAGCCAAAGGUGUUCAGGCCCAGAUGGCUAAAGUGGGUAUCUGGUUCCUGCGUAGACUGAACCGUCAACAGGAACAAGACCCCACCAACCUCUACAUGGCUAACUUGCCACCGCACUUUAAGGAAAACGAUGUGGACCAACUUUUGGCUAAGUUUGGUCAAGUGGUGUCUACGCGGAUUCUUAGAGAUACCCAUGGUCAUAGCAAAGGAGUUGGCUUUGCAAGAAUGGAGUCUAGAGAAAAAUGCGAGCAGAUUAUCCAAAUGUUUAAUGGAAACCCAAUACCAGGCGCUAAAGAGCCUUUGCUAGUAAAGUUUGCUGAUGGUGGCAAUAAGAAAAAGGCUUUAUACAAUAAGCAAAAUGAUAAUGGCGGCCGAGCAUGGCGAGACAAUAACGAAUCAAUCACUCAGGCGAUGAGCGUAACCGGUGUGUACGCAAGCGGAGCUGGCGCGGGCGGGGAAUGUGCGAGCGUGUACCGCGGCGGCGUGUACGGUGUGGCGGCCUUCCACCCGCAGCUGCACCACCACCACGCCGCGCACCCGGCCGCCUGGCUGGCGCCCUACGCCGCGCUCAUCCCGCCCGCGCACCCCGCGCACCACGCGCCGCACGCGCCGCACGCGCCGCACCCCGCGCACAUACCCAUCGACACUGUGCCUAGCCAAUACGUAAACUGGGACAGCUUAAGGCCGGAAAAUGAGUUAUACUACUUCACAUCGCACCCGUACCAGUACUUCACGGGGCCGACUCCACCCAUCAUCCAGAUGCCGAUGGAGAGCGAGCACGCGUCGACCGCGGCGUCACCCGACGAGGCCUACCAGCCGUACCCGCCCCCAAAGUAGACCAUAAGCCAUGCUUCAACAAUUCAUACUGUACACGAGCCAAAAAAUCAAAGCAACUGUGACUUUUACAAUGUUAAUUUGUUUUAGUUUUAAUUUGCGGCCGUUAUAGACUUCAUCGAAAGCUACGCUAUUUUUGACACGACGUCUCGUGUCGUAAGCGCUCGUAGUUGAUAAGCCCAAUUUUUCUUGGCACUAUUGCCUCGAUUAUUUAUGUUUUCUGGUAGGCUUCUUUAAGACCCCCUUGGCUUUACGCAGGACAUGCGAUUCGCUGUGAUGUUUUGAUGAGGUCUUUUGACGGUUCGAGGAGAGGAAUUUGAUAUAUAGAUAUAGCUUCAAUUUUAAAUGUGUUUUUACAUUAUAAUUUUAUUAUUGUUUUAUGAAAAUUUUAAUGUAAGAUUUUAGGGGCAGGCUUUCAACAUGUUGACACGAUUAUUUAAGAUAGUUAGGUAUUUAUUUUAGCAUAGUUUAAUUUGAUUGAAUUUUAAAAAAUUUAAACUUAUUCUCGAAAA